AUGAAGGCAACAAAGGAAACAACGCAAUCACUCAGUGACUGGGUCAUAUCCAGAAUCGAUCACAGCACUCAAGAUCCAAACGUCGGCUUUGUCGAAACUCUAUAUCAUACCUGCUCAACAGCCCUAGUCUACCUUUGGAGAUCACGAUUUCGAUUGAUACCACACGACUCGUAUAAGAACACCUUGAAGAAGGAUGUAGCGAACAUCCGGCUGUGGGAAGAGAACUUCCCUCCCGGUCACCUCGACACCAUUCUGGGACAAUCAUGUCAUUUGAAGACGAAUGUGAUCGAAAAUUUGAAGGGGAUCGGCAAUAUUCUGAUGCCCUACUUCGCGGGCUACGACAGAACCACAACUAGCGGACAAAACCAAAGGAACUCCGCAUGGGAUCUCGCACAGGAACUUGAUACUCAGUUAGAGAAGGCGACAAUAAUGCUUUCGGCUGAAGAAAGUUCUGACUCGUCUUCAGAUGACGAGGUUUCCGACGAUUCAUCUUCAACCAUUGAACGCGAACAGAAUCGCCUCGGACGAAUCCACUGUUAUGUCAGCUGCUUGAUGGAUCUCGCACCAGUGAUCGACAAACAUAUUUCUUUUUUGCAGCGUAAAGUGGAACCACGGCCAACUCCCCUUGAGAAUGUGAUUCGUUUAUCACAGAGUGCGCAGCCUUUUGCCAUGCGCAUCCGAGACCGAUUUACGAUUGCACUAACUCCCCUGGUGGAGCGACUCGCAGAGGCUAACUGGGAAAGGUCCAUCCGCAUCAGAGCGCAAGAAGAAGAAGAAGAACCGUAUCUCGCGGACCAUGACGCUCUGACCUUAUUUAAACCCUACUCCCUGUUCAAUGAUUCCGGUCUUGGGACAUCUGUUCCUACAAGGUCGCAGUAUGCCGCCACUGCCGCCUCCCAUACUUCGUUCCUCUCAGUUGCCGGGAAAGAGGCCCAUGGUCGCCCCCGAGUGCCUUCUCUACCGCAGGAAGGCGGACUUCCUUUUCAAUGCGACUAUUGUCGAAAAACCAUAUCUCUGCGAAACCGGAUUGAGUGGAAAAUACAUGUUUUCGCGGACUUGCAGUCGUAUCUCUGCACACAUGCAGAAUGUGAAGACGCAAUGAAAACAUUCCCAAGUCGUAAGCUAUGGGCUGACCACGAAUUCAACGAACAUUUCACUCGAAUCCAGUGGCGAUGUUUUAUGUGUAAUACCACCACCGUCACCCAACAAUUGUUUGUCGACCAUUUGAUUAUAUGCCGCAACAUCCCACUGGCUGGGCAUCGUUUGACAGCAGCAAUCUCUGAAGCUCAAGAGACAGUCUUGAAACCGGAGUUCAAGGAUUACAAGUAUAGCCUGGAAGCUUAUACAGAUAUGAGAGAUGCAAAUUUCCUAGUUACAGGGCUUCCGGAUGCCCCAUCUUCCUUCGUCGAUACUACGAUUCGUUCAUCCAAGCAACAGACGAAUAUGGCGCAGAUGGGCGUUGAGUGCACGGAAAAUCUGGCGAGUCAGGAUGUGGAAGCUGACCCCGAAGCAGAACAGAAGCUCAUGGAUAACACACUUCCUACUGAGGUUGUUGAAGUACUUAAUGCGAGAAGCAGCGGGGAAGCCCAGGUCAAGCACGCUUCACUAUCGAAGCAGCAGUCACUGUCACCGCUCCAACAACAUCUGACACCACCGGUACCACAGCCCUACCCGGUAUAUUACCCAGCAGAAGGCUAUCCCAGGCCUGUACAGGAUGUCGAAGCUCGAGCAAAGGAAGGCAUGGAUGUCUUUGAUGCUUCAGCGUCGACUAAGAAACCGGAUGUUGGUUAUGGAUCGUUAGAGCCCACAAGGUGCUGGUCGGUGCCUGAACAACGCGACUUCAAAAUGAUGCUGUCCCACUUCGGUCGAGACUUCGAAGGCAUAUCCAAGUUCAUGAAGACGAAAACCACAGUCAUGGUCAGGGAUUUCUUCCAACAGCGUCUAGACUCCGGCCAAAAAGAGUUCGAAGAGAUUGUCGCAGAGGCAGAAGCCAAAAAAGUACGCGGUGAGCCAACAGGCUCGCUUCCGGUUCCCAGUGCGGCGCCUAAGUGGCAGUAUGAAGCAACAUACCCACAUAUCACGCACCAUCGACCACAAGCAGAUGGUCUCCUCUCGCGGGAGGCUGGUCGUUUGGUGGUUCCUACCAGUCCGCGGGAGAAGGCCCAGCCGCCGUUCAACAAGCAGCAUGACAUGCCCGCGUUUACCUUCGCGCCAGGCAUUCCUCCUGGACAUCAGUUGGCCAAGAGACAGCAGCAGGAUCAGGAGAGAGAGCGACGCCGUGCGAUCGAGCAGCGGCAAGCCGAGGAGCACGCGAAGGAGGAAACACGAAGACAGCAAAUAGCAGCUCAGCAGGCUCAGGGCCAACUUGCCGCGCAAAAGCAAAACCAUCACCCUAUGGCUCAACCAAAUGGUAUCAGCCAAGGACAACAGUCCUCACCUGUUAUACGUAACCAGAAUCCACACACAGCUUCGUCACCACUGGUUGGUAACACUAUGCCCACACAGGCGGUUCCGAUGACCAUUACUGCAUCUGGUUCUGGUAGUCCUCUACGACCUCCAUCUGCCCUACAACAUACGCACGCCAAUGUCAUGAGCCACCCGAUAGCGCCCUCAAGGACUCAACAAGGACCAAGUCGUCAUAGUACUCCGCAGAUGACCCAAGGCACACCGGCUAUGUCGCACACCACGCCAAUCAUGCGCAACGUCACACCCACUCAGCGUAUAGGGCAUAGUAGCCCGAACAACCCAAUUGGCCAGACUCCGCAACAGCAAACACUCAUAUCAGCUGCUACCCAGGCGAACGGUCCUCAAAUGGAUCAAAAUAGACAGCCCAUGAACCCGGCUCAGAGAUAUACACAGCUGUACCAACAAAGGCUACUUCGGAUGCGAUACGACAUGUCCCAACGGUUAGUGGUGCAGUACGGCCCACCAAGCCAGUACCCGCCCAGUAUUGCACAGCAGUAUGGCCCCGAUCUUGAAAAGACCGCCAAAGAGUGGGCUCAUGAUGUCAUGCGCCGCGAGAGGGAGAAUGGCCAGCAACAGAUGUAG